UCCGACGAAACUUGAAAGUAUAAAUAAGCACCGGAAAGCAACCCCAAACCGUUUUGAUUUUCGUCACGCAUCCCAUUUCUUCGGUCUCUCUGCAACAAAUUGGGAGUUGGAAGACGGCCAUGGAUAACGAAGUUGUUCAGCGAGCAUUCCAGGAAGGUGGCCGAGAUUACUUCCAAGUGCAACAGCCACCUGCCUCCACUUCGUCUUCUUCUUCAUCCAUUCUCCAAUCCCUCCCCCUUCAUGUGUCCUUUGAUCACGGGUAUUAUUUGUUAGUGAAAGCUGUUCAAGAACUCCGGGAGAAGAAGGAGGGCCUUGUGGCAGUUGGAAUUGGUGGACCUAGUGGCUCUGGUAAAACAAGCUUAUCAGAGAAGGUUGCAUCAGUAAUUGGUUGUAGCGUCAUAUCAAUGGAGAAUUAUCGUGAUGGAGUUGAUGAUGGGAAUGAUCUAGAUUCAAUAGAUUUCAAUACUUUAGUUCGGAAUCUUGAGGACUUGAUGAAGGGAAAAGAUACAGUGACACCGUUGUUUGAUUUUCAAAAAAAGAGACGUAUUGGUUCAAGAACAGUAAAGAGUUCUACGUCUGGGGUGGUAAUCGUCGAUGGUACCUAUGCUCUCCACUCAAAAUUGCGAUCUUUGCUGGAUAUCCGAGUUGCAGUGGUUGGUGGUGUAUACUUUAGCCUUCUUUCAAAAGUGCGAUAUGACAUUGGGGAUUCUUGUUCCUUGGAUUACCUCAUUGACAGCAUUUUUCCAUUAUUUAGAAAGCACAUUGAACCAGACCUGCAUCAUGCUCAGAUUAGAAUCAACAACAGCUUUGUCUCAUCUUUUAGAGAACCUAUCUACAAGCUGAAGUGUAAAAGUGAGCCUCCAAAUGGACAUUCAACUUACUUUUCUCAUGGAAAUGAAGUUCAACCAGAGAACUUCUUGCAUGCUAUCCCAAAUGAAAAAGAAGGUUUGUGUUAUGGGUCUUUUACAACUAUGAUUAAUUUUCUGAGGCAUUAUGUUAUUUCCAGUUUCAUCGAGAUGUACCUUAGGCCACCAUCUGCAAGUGAAGAAGCAAGGAUUAAUGAUUGGAUAAAGGUGCGGCAGUCUGGCAUCAGAUACUAUUUAUCACUAGGUGAUCAGAGGAUUGUUGACAAAAAUUAUAUAAUUAGACCAAAAGCGGAGUUCGAGGUUGGGCGGAUGACUUUAGGUGGUCUGCUGGCUUUGGGUUACACUGUUGUAGUCAGUUAUAAACGUGCAUCCACAUCAGUUAGUAUUGGCAACUUGUCAAUGUCACUUGAAACCAUUGAUACACUUGGCGAGACAUUCAUGGUGUUGAGGGGCACUGAUAGGAAAGUAGUGGGUGCAGAAGCUUCGAAAAUGGGUAUCACUGGACCAUGGAUCACUAAAUCAUAUCUAGAAUUGAUUUUGGAAACUCAAGCUGUACCACGUCUUAACACACCACCACCUGUGUCGGCUAAAUCUUCAUUUGAGCGUCAGGAAAAAGUAAUUGAUGCUCCAAAGCCAAUUCGUGUUACUCCAAACUUUGUUAACAGGCUUGAGGAUCUAUCUCUGCCAUGGACUCGAUCCCCGACAAAGGCCAACAUGGAGCCUGUACUGGCAACAUGGCGCUUCGUUUCCUCAGAUCCUUCACAUGCUGGCAGUUCGGUCAUAGCAACUGCAGAUUCUUCUGCUUUCAGGGAUACCAUGCAGCUUGCUCCAAUGCCUGAUUCAUAUGACUUGGAUAGAGGCUUGCUUCUUUCUGUUCAAGCAAUCCAGGCAUUGAUGGAGAAUAAGGGCCUUCCAGUUGUUGUAGGCAUUGGAGGCCCAAGUGGAUCUGGGAAAACUAGCCUGGCUCAUAAAAUGGCAAAUAUUGUUGGUUGUGAAGUUAUUUCACUUGAAAGCUAUUACAAAUCUGAACAAGUAAAGGACUUCAAAUAUGAUGACUUUAGCACUUUGGAUCUGUCUUUGCUUUCAAAGAACAUUGAUGACAUAAGGAACCGCCGAAGAACGAAAGUUCCUAUAUUUGACUUGGAGGCAUGUACUCGGAGUGGUUUCAAGGAACUUCAAGUUUCUGAAGAUUGUGGAGUGGUUAUCAUAGAAGGGGUAUAUGCUCUGCAUCCUAACAUCCGGAAAUCACUUGACCUGUGGAUAGCUGUUGUUGGAGGAGUGCAUUCACAUCUUAUUGCUAGAGUUCAAAGGGACAAAAACAGGGUUGGAUAUUUUGUGUCCCAGAAUGAGAUUAUGACAACAGUAUUUCCAAUGUUCCAGCAACACAUUGAACCCCAUCUUGUUCAUGCACAUGUUAAAAUCCGAAAUGACUUUGAUCCUGUUCUUUCACCUGAGAGUUCACUGUUUGUACUGAAAAGUAAUAAGCAGGUGGCAUAUCAGGACAUUUUGAAAAUACUUGACCCUGCAAAGUUCUACAGUUCUGUUCAAAAUUUUAUUGAUAUAUAUUUAAGGCUUCCUGGAAUACCUUCUAAUGGACAGCUUGCUGAAUCUGAGUGCAUACGAGUUAGGCUAUGCGAAGGAAGGUUUGCGUUACUUAUACGGGAGCCAAUUAGGGAAGGGAACUUCAUCAUACAGCCAAAAGUGGAUUUUGAUAUCAGCAUCAGCACAGUUGCGGGCCUUCUUAACCUUGGGUAUCAAGCUGUAGCCUACAUUGAAGCAUCUGCAUUCAUUUACCAAGAUGGCAAGAUUCUGAUUGAGGUUGAUCAUCUUCAAGACGUCCCAAGUCCUUAUGUACAAAUUAAAGGAACAAAUAAAGAAGUAGUGAAAGCUGCUGGUUCAGCACUCAGCCUGGAUAGUUCAUAUACAACAAAAAGUUAUCUUCAAAUUAUUCUAGAAAGUUUGCCUCCUCUUGAGAGAAGCUCAGUAGGAAUUCACAGUCAACAGGCAACAAGAUUGCAGGAACUAGUGGAUUUUAUUCAAUCUCAGGGCAAUAGUACAGCAUCGGAAUCCUCAGCAAGUAGGGAGAUUUCACCCAUGGAAGGCGUAAUUGAAGAUAUGCAGUCACGUAUCAAAAGGCUUGAAAGAUGGCAUACAAUUAAUACGGUCUUAUGGACAUUUUUAAUGUCUGCUCUUGUUGGAUACUCACUUUACCAGAAGAAGCGCGAAUAAUUUCAUUUUGAUUAAUUUCUUGUAACAUGUCAAAGGGAAGCUCUAGUCCCUCCCCAACUAACCACAAAAUAUCGAGCCCCACAGCAAGGUACAGAAAAAGCAGAUUGUAUCGGCUACUAAUUUAAAAUGUCAAUUGAGUUAUUGUUCAUAGCUAGCAAUGCCUGUUGCUUA